AUGCUACGAGUUGCAGGGAGGAGGCUUGUGUCUCUUCAACAGAGAUCUUCCACUGCAACCUCCUUCGUCCUUUCCCGAGAUCAUUCCAUCUCCAAAGAAGGCGGCGAUGGCAGAGACUCCACCAGAUCUGUUCCCUCUGCAGAUCUUUCAUGUUUCAAUUCUUACCACCGAAGCCUUCUUAGAGGUUUCUCUUCACAUGUCAUUACCCAAGGAAAUGAGAUAGGUUUUGCUUCGGAAGUCCCAGCCACCGUCGAGGCUGUCAAGACACCUAACUCAAAGAUUGUCUAUGAUAAUCAUAACCAUGAGCGUUACCCACCUGGUGAUCCCAGCAAACGUGCGUUCGCCUAUUUCGUCUUGUCUGGUGGGAGGUUUGUGUACGCCUCUGUUCUCCGUCUUCUUGUUUUGAAGCUCAUUGUCAGUAUGUCUGCGAGUAAAGAUGUCCUUGCCCUUGCAUCCCUCGAGGUUGACCUUGGAAGCAUCGAACCAGGAACCACUGUGACCGUGAAGUGGCGUGGAAAGCCUGUGUUCAUCAGGAGAAGGACAGAAGACGACAUCAAGCUGGCUAACAGUGUUGAUCUUGCAUCUCUGAGGGAUCCGCAAGAAGACGCAGUUAGAGUCAAGAAUCCAGAGUGGUUAGUGGUGGUUGGAGUCUGCACUCACUUGGGAUGUAUCCCUUUGCCUAAUGCUGGUGAUUACGGGGGUUGGUUUUGCCCAUGUCACGGAUCACAUUAUGAUAUAUCUGGAAGGAUUAGGAAAGGUCCUGCACCGUACAACUUGGAAGUACCAACCUACAGCUUCUUGGAAGAGAAUAAGUUACUCAUUGGUUGAUGAAUAAAGGCACAGCAGACAGUGUCUGUGUCUCAAAGAUCCUCUCAUAUGUUUUUUUUUGUUUUUCUUUUAUAUAUACUUUCCGGCUACAUAUUAAGCGUGCGAGUUCGCUUUCCUCACACUUUGGUCUUCUCAGCAAGUAAAAGAUUGUUUUGGUUUUGCUGAAUAAUACAAACUUGUCAUUGUAUGACUUAUCAUUCGGUGAAAAACUCUCUUCAUAGUGUUUGUGUUUAUUGUUUGAAAACAAUUUUGAGUAGUUUAAAUGGAAUUUUUUUUUGCCUGCCAAAUA